CUGCAUGGACUCAGCGAUCUAAGCACAAUAUACUUAGUUUUAAUCAGACCUUUUGCCAUUUGUAUUACAGCAGUAAAGGUACAAAAGUAGUUUUAAUCAACUGUUUUCCUCUCUGUAGGACUUCUGUGCUGUCGCUUUUAGGGUAUGGCGAAAAGCUGCCGAGUCAGCAAACUCUGCAUUCUGUUUGUGGUCUUAGCCAUGGUCUCCGUGGCAACCAUUGUUAUAUUGUGGACUAUUGCCCUGACUGGAGGAGGCGAUGAUGUCACAGCUCCUUGGGACAGCUAUCGUCUCCCCAGCUCUCUGCUCCCCGACUACUACAACAUCACCCUCUGGCCUCGUCUCACCUCUGACCCAAACACUGGCCUCUACAUUUUUACAGGCAAAUCCACUGUGAAGUUUAAGUGUGUGAAAGAAACAGAUCUGAUCUUGAUCCACUCAAACAAACUAAACUACACCAAGCUGGACGCCACACACAGUGCAAGGCUCACUGCUUCAGGUGGUGGUCCUGCCCCUGGUAUUAAGUCCUCCUGGCUGCACCAUGAUACCCAGUAUCUGGUGAUCCAGCUGAACAGUACAUUAACCCCAGAACAGAAUUAUCUGUUGUACACUGAGUUCACUGGAGAGCUAGCUGACGACUUGGCAGGCUUUUACAGGAGUGAAUAUAUAGAAGAUGGAGUCAAAAAGAUUGUUGCCACCUCCCAGAUGCAUCCAACUCAUGCCAGAAAGACCUUCCCUUGUUUUGAUGAGCCAGCUAUUAAAGCUGUUUUCCAUAUAACUCUCCGCCACCCCCCUGGAACUGUAGCCCUGUCCAAUGGCCUGGAAGUAGGGAGCGUUAACAUCACUGUUGGUGGAGUGGCUGUGACACAGACCGAGUUUGAGCCCAGCAAGAAAAUGUCCACCUAUCUCCUGGCCCUCGUCAUCUCUGACUACGCACAUCUCAGUACUAAACAAGGAGACACUCUGAUCCGUAUCUGGGCUCGCAGGACGGCCAUUGAGCAGGGACAGGGAGACUACGCCCUGAAUGUGACUGGACCCAUACUGGACUUCUUCCAGUCGUAUUAUAACAUCUCCUACCCACUGAGCAAGUCAGAUCAGAUCGCUCUGCCAGACUUCUAUUUCGGUGCGAUGGAGAAUUGGGGUUUGGUGACUUACAGAGAAACCAACCUCCUCUACGACCCCGUGACCUCCUCCAACGGAAAUAAAGAGACCACUGCCACCAUCAUUGCUCAUGAACUAGCACAUAUGUGGUUUGGGAACCUGGUGACUCUGCGCUGGUGGAAUGAGGUCUGGUUGAAUGAGGGCUUUGCUUCAUAUGUGUCUUACCUGGGAGCAGACUACGCUGAGCCUGCAUGGAAUGUGAAAGACUUAAUAGUGCUUGAUGACGUCCACAGGGUGUUUGCGGUCGAUGCCUUGACCUCUUCUCACCCUUUGUCUUCUAAAGAAGACAAUAUUAUCUUGCCAGACCAGAUCACUGAGCAGUUUGAUGCCAUCUCAUACAGCAAGGGUGCAGCAGUGUUGAGGAUGCUGUCCGAUUUCCUGUCAGAGCCGGUCUUUGUCCGGGGACUCAAUGGAUACCUCAAACACUUUGCCUACAGUAACACAGUAGGGGACGACUUGUGGCAGCAUCUACAAAUGGCUGUUGAUGCUAGUGGCACUAAACUUCCCAACACCGUGCAAAACAUCAUGAACACCUGGGUGCUGCAGAUGGGCUUCCCUGUGGUUACCAUAGAUACGACCACAGGAACUGUAUCCCAGAAGCACUUCCUGCUGGAUACAGAGUCUAACAUCCAAGCUUCACCUUACAACUAUGAGUGGCUGAUUCCUAUUAGGUGGAUGAAGCAUAGUGAGGUCCAGUCAGAUAUCUGGUGGCUGUUGGAAAAGACAGCGGUAAACUCUGAGAUGAGGAGUGGAGGUUCGUGGGUUCUGGCCAACAUUAAUGUCACUGGAUAUUACCGAGUCAACUAUGAUCUUGAAAACUGGGAACGCCUCUUCGCUCAGCUUCAUUCAGAUCACAAGGUUAUACCAGUAAUAAACAGAGCCCAGCUGGUGGAUGAUGCCUUCAAUUUGGCCAGGGCUCAGAUGGUCUCAACUACUCUGGCUCUGAACUCAACCCUCUAUAUGUCUGUGGAGACUGAAUACAUGCCCUGGCAAUCUGCUCUGGAUAACCUGGACUAUUACUACCUCAUGCUGGAUCGCACUGAAGUCUAUAAACCAAUGCAGGACUAUAUGAAGAAGCUGGUGACUCCUCUCUUCCUGUACUUCAAAAACAUGACGUCAGACUGGACCUCUGUUCCUGACAGACACACUGACCAAUACAACCAGGUGAAUGCUAUCCGAAUGGCCUGCAGGACUGAAGAACCAGAAUGUCGAAACCUGACCACCACAUGGUUCAAACAAUGGAUGGACAGCCCUCAACACAACUUGAUUAAUCCCAACCUGCGGUCCACAGUGUACUGCAGUGCCAUGGCAGCAGGUGGCGAGGCAGAGUGGGAGUUCGGCUGGUCACAGUUCAAGAAGGCGACUUUAGCCAGCGAAGCCAGCAAACUCAUGUCUGCACUGGCCUGCACGACUAACACAGACCUGCUGGAAAGGUACCUGUCUUAUACCUUAAACUCAACUAUGAUCCGUAAGCAGGAUGCUUCCUCCGUUUUCACAUAUGUUGCCAGCAACAGAUUGGGACAGGACCUGGCAUGGAACUUUGUCAGGGAACGUUGGGAAUACAUGUUCACACAAUAUGGCGUGGGCUCUUUCAACUUUGCUUCUAUAAUUAGUGGAGUCACUGCAAGGCUUUCUACAUCUGAUGAACUAGAAGAGCUGGAGGAGUUUGUGGAAAGACACGGUGCAGCAGGGUUUGGAACGGCCACGCUGGCUGUGCAGCAGGCCUUAGAGAUGACCAGGGCCAACAUCAAUUGGCUGGAACAGAACAAACAGGAGAUCUCGGACUGGUUCAAGAGUCACACUGGACCUUAGAUUAGCUGACAGAGGCAUACAACCCAUGGCAUACAAGAUACAUACAUAAAGAAAACAUAACUAACCUGGUUUGUAUGAGAGAAUUAAAAAAAAUCUGCUUUCACCACAUGUUAGCUUUGUACUUUUUAAACACUUUUGUGUAACUUUUGCAAUGAAAUCCUGCUUUUAUGUUGAAAUAUAGUAAUUUAAUUGCCAUUCUAACAAUGGUUAAAAUGUAACUUAAAAACUUCAACCAAAUGUUGCCCAGUUUUCUCCUCAACAUCUUUUCACCUGCAUGAUAGAUAGAUAGAUAGAUAGAUAGAUAGAUAGAUAGAUAUUUGUCUUAAUAAUAACCAGUGGCAGAAAGUAACUAAGUGCAUUUACUACUGCAUGUACUUAAGUACAAAUUUGAGGUACUCAUUUAAGAGCUGAUAUCUAGCCAUUUUCCAUGGUUUUCUUAAUAAUAACCAAAAUCAUUGGAAAACCAUGGAAAAUAUCUAGAUAUCAGCUCUUAAAUUAAACUCUUAUGAGCUAUUUUUGAUGUUAUCAUUAUAUUUGUCCAAACAAAUGCACCUUUAGUUGUACCAGGCAUUAAAUGAACAAGACAUUGAAUAUUAUAAUUAUAAGAAAUUAAAUAAAUUAAGACAUGAAAUGUUUCAUUCUGUGUGUAAUGGAUCUAUAUAAUGUGUUAAUUCCACUUUUUGAAGUGACAUAAAUAAACUUUUCUAUGAUAUUCAAAUUUUUUGAGAUGCACCUGUACAUCUAAACCAUCUUUAUCUGUCAAUCCAGGUGUCUGCGCUUCCUCAGUCAAUGGGUAUUGUAUUUCACUGUUUGUGUUCUAAAUUAGAUAUAUUGCAUUUUAUUAAUAUUGAUGCUCUAUGAUGUCAAGAUCACGAUGCUAUAAAGAUCUUUUAAGAGAUUUUUGGCCCUGGCUUUGCUGCCCAAAUGCCUCUAUUUUAUCAGAAACCAAACAAGACAAAUGUCAGUGAAUUGAUGAACUCAUUUUAUUGGUCUGAUUUGUCACAGCCACAAACACACACAGUAACAAACUGAAAUUAAAUGACAUGAUGAAACAUUGUUUGCACUGAAGCAAUUCUCCUCCAGCACUGAAAAGGAAGACACUGAUUUAAAUCCAAACAAAGAACACAUUUUUGGCU